AAAUCCAAAUCUCCAUUUCUCACUAACUAGGGUUUGUUCUGCGCCGCGCUUUCUUCUUUGUUUCUUUCUCUCUAUCUCUAUUCACCAAAAAUGGCCGAACGUGGAGGCGGCGACCGCGGGGAUCGCGGCGGAUUCGGGCGUGGCUUCGGCGGUCGCGGGCGCGGCGGCGACAGGGGACGAGGCGGGCGACGAAGAGGCGGUGGCCGGCGCGAGGAGGAAGAGAAAUGGGUCCCAGUGACCAAAUUGGGUCGUCUUGUGAAAGAGGGAAGGAUCCGAAGCCUUGAGCAGAUCUAUUUACACUCUCUUCCAAUCAAAGAGUAUCAGAUUAUCGAUACCCUUGUGGGUCCCAGCCUCAAGGACGAGGUUAUGAAAAUCAUGCCGGUUCAGAAACAGACCCGGGCCGGUCAGCGAACCCGGUUCAAGGCUUUCGUUGUUGUCGGCGACGGAAACGGCCACGUGGGACUCGGCGUUAAGUGUAGCAAGGAGGUCGCCACCGCCAUCCGCGGCGCUAUUAUUCUUGCUAAGCUGUCCGUUAUUCCUGUCAGGAGAGGCUAUUGGGGUAAUAAGAUUGGGAAGCCUCACACCGUUCCAUGCAAAGUCACCGGAAAGUGUGGCUCCGUCACCGUCCGUAUGGUUCCGGCGCCUCGUGGUUCCGGAAUCGUUGCUGCUAGGGUGCCCAAGAAGGUUCUUCAGUUUGCGGGAAUUGAGGAUGUCUUCACUUCUUCCAGAGGAUCCACCAAGACCCUCGGCAAUUUCGUUAAGGCUACUUUUGAGUGUUUGCUGAAAACCUAUGGGUUCCUGACACCUGAAUUCUGGAAGGAGACUCGUUUCUCGAAGUCACCAUUCCAAGAGUAUACAGAUCUGUUGGCAAAACCCACAGGGAAGGCCCUGAUCUUGGAGGAAGAAAGGGUGGAGGCUUGAGUUACAAGUUUUGAUUUUAUGGGAUAUGCAAACAUUUUUUUUUUUUUAUCUUAAGCAUGUUAAGAACUAGUUCUUAUACAUUUUUCUGCUUCUGUGGUUUACUUUUGUUGAGGGGUGGGAUAUUUCUUUUUAUGCAUUUGGUUGUUUCAAACUUUUGAGUUUUAAUUUAAUGGAUAUUUGCUGAAUUCCAAAUAGCAAAGUUUUCUUCCUGAUUUAA